CUUGGAAAGCUUGCUGCAUUUCCUUCCUGAUGUUGGGGUGCUUUUCACCUACUAGUAUAAAAUCAAACAAAGUUUCGCGGAUAGGUUGUCGUACUCAUCAACAAGAAAGAGGAGCUUCGCGCUUCUUUCACCGAACAUUCUGAUUGCUUCGGCCAGGUAACCUACCAAUUCCCCUGCACCAAAAGUAUGAACAUCAGGCCCGGCCAAUUCCCUAAAAUCUUCAUUAAUUUUACUCGAGACCGCCAAAGCUGAGGGGUAUAACAUACCAUUUAUUCUUCUCAUAUUCUGGCGGGUAGUAAAGGAGUCCAUCCGGCGUAUCUUGCCCAAGCUCGUCGCUAAGCAUUAAUUCUGCUAAAGAAAGCAGCGUGGUUUUCCCCAUUUGCGGCGGACGGGUGAACAAUACGUUGUCCGCAAGGAUAAGUUUUCCGACAAACGAGCUGUUGUCACGGAAUUUCCUUUCUUUUGUGUUGUAAACGUCAUUUCCUACAGCUUGUAUGACCGGAAACGUCUUGCGCUUCAUUGGUGGUCCAGGCAGCACAGCGUAGUCGUCUUCGUCAUGUCCAUUGUCCAUUGUCCAUUGUCCAUUGUUGCCACUCUCUUUUAGGAAUGUUGCUGAUGCUACGCUCCUAGUUCUGUGUGAAACGGCAAGCCCUUUGACGAAUCGAAUCGAAUCUUGCGUUUUUUGAGCAGAUCGUUCGGCGAGCGUGUUGAAAUACCGCGCCUGCGGGUCUCCGUUACCGUACCAGUAAUGUUCAUAUUCAGCUCGAGCGGCUUAUUGGGACUAUUCACACGUCACACGGCUGGGCGACGUCACUCAAGGGACCAAUUGAAUGAUGUCUCUGUUGGAAAAGCUUUUGAAAAAAAUAGCUGUUUUGAUGCAAACCUAACCCUAAGCUUAGUCAUGAGGACUGUGGUACGUCAUACAUGCUGUGCUGGUGGCAUUGUUUGCUCACAAUUUUUCUCUGAAUCACUGCUUCUCGUCGCUACGGACAGCUCAUCCUUACGAUGAUUUGUCAGAUUGAUGCACAACCAGCUGCUGAUGCAUAUGUCUAAUCGGUCAGCCUAAACGUUGCGAUCGUCGCCUGUUGGCGUUCUUGUCUGGAGAGCCAUUACUUGCUAAGCUGAUGAAUCCCACCUUUGCCUCGCCUUAAGCUGCUUAGUCAACAACCCACUGUGGAACUCUCUAGUCCCAGAAGCAAACAACUGAACAACUCGCUUGGACUAGAGAAGGAACAAUGGGUGAUGAUCAUGGCGAAGCAACAGUGGUCUCAAACAGUUCCUCGCGUGGUAGCUUCGUGGGAUUGCCUGGGGCCGGCGAUGUAGCCACAAACGAGUGGGAACUAACAACGGUCAACAAGCAUACUCAUCACGACGCUUUCAACAACACUAACAACAAUCAGCAUCAGCACUCAGGCCAGCCGUACUUCACUGCGGAAAGCAUGGCUGCAAACGUGUCACAAAACUCAACACCGAACUUGACCUCGGCAAUGCCUUCUAGUUUCCCAGCAACACUCAUUGUUUCAAAGAAUCCCUUGCCGAUUCUGCCUUCAGCGGGACUUGCUGUGCCAGCGGCACCGGCAAACAAUACAGUUCCAGAGUUCUUGUAUCAGUUGACCAAGAUGCUGACAGGAGGACACAAUGAGAUUAUCGAGUGGUCGAAUGGCCGGAUCGAAGUUCACAACCCUCACAAGCUGGAAAGCGCAGUGCUACAAAAGUACUUUCGCCAUUCCAAGUUUGCUUCCUUCCAGAGACAACUGAAUUACUUUGGUUUCAGGAAACUUGCGGGGAAAGGCAAGAUGGCACCUUGUUCCUAUGUCAAUGAAGCUGCUACUCACGACAUUGGCAGUCUGUUACUGAUAAAGCGCAAACCAACUACCAAUCCCAGAGAGAAGAACGGUCGAAAGUCAGGAGGGGACAAGCAAUUUGUCAAAGCCGGUUCUAUCCCCCCCAAUACAGCACAAGGAAUGGUCCACCAAGUCAGUAGCGCCCCUCCCAACCCUGUUGCAACAGUUUCAUACACCAACACCGUUAUGAAACAUGAGCCCUUGAAGGCGCCAGCAGGUAGUUCACAACAGGCCAUUGCGCAGGCAGCUGUGGGACGAGGGAUCCGCCACUCGAUAGGGUACGACUCCAGUGCGACAGCAUCUGCCGCCGCGGCUGUAGCUCGGGUGGAGUCUUCCGCAACAGCUACCGCGACAACAGAAGGUACCUCCUUCUUCAUACCGACUGGCGUUCAAGACAGUCUAUCGCAGCUUGCAAACAACUACCAGAACUCUCUUGCGGCGGAGUCACCAUAUCCAGAUAAAGCUCCCUCGCAGCCCGAGGCACAGCCAGCUCAAGAAUCUUCCGACUCCUACAACGAGCCAUUCCCGUCUCUUCUAAGCAGGAACUCCUCGCUCAUAGAUCUCGCUAUGAUUCCAACGAUGAUGGAAGGAGACGAAGAAGACGGAAUGCCAACCGUCCCAGGAAUGAGCUUUGUGGACUUUCCACAACCUGAAGUCGAUCCUUCCAACGCUACUGCUUACAGAGCGAAGUUGGAAGCGACGAAAGAUCAGGCUGAAUCUCAAACAAUGGGCUAGAGCAAGGUAGCACAGGCUAUGCUCAGAUUUGGCUAAGGAGGGGGUUACUUGUCGAAGAAGGGAAUGAACAAGCAACCUUGAGUUGGCGCAACUAGUCCUGCUUGCCCUCAAGGUUCAAAGUUUUCUGCACAAACUCAACUUGAACAUAGCAUUUUAACAAUGUUAGUAUAUAUUGUAC